AUGAAUAGCGAGGAACGUUAUUAUGCGCCGGCUCAAAUUUAUAGCGAAUCAUGUGCUUAUCAAAGAUCACAAGUCCAGGAAUAUAAUCAAAGCCCACCAGCGUGUCUCUACGUAGGGAGACAACCGCAGACUUCAUAUGCUAAUCCUUCCUUGUCAGGACUUGAACAAGGAAGCCCCGCUGACAUUUCACCUUUCGAAGUACCUGCGAUAUCGGAGGAUCCUACAGUCUCGCAUCUCCACCACCCACAGCAACAGCACCCUAAUCCGCACACCCACCAAGGGGCUUGUUUUGGUAGUAGUUCCGAAAUUAGUAGCCUGGAAGAACAGAACAGAACCCACCUGCCCUUCCCUUGGAUGAAAUCCACUAAGUCGCACGCUCACCUCUGGAAAGGACAAUGGCCAGGAGGUUCAUUCAUGGUGGAGCAGGAAGAAAAUAAACGCACGCGCACUGCCUACACGCGGGCUCAGUUGCUGGAGUUAGAGAAAGAGUUUCUAUUCAAUAAAUACAUCUCCAGACCCCGAAGGGUGGAGCUGGCCGUCAUGUUAAACCUAACCGAACGACACAUAAAAAUCUGGUUCCAAAACAGGAGAAUGAAAUGGAAGAAGGAAGAGGAUAAGAAAAGAGGGAGGAAUGGUGCUCCUGAGCAGGACUCGGUUGUCUCUUCUGGUGAUCUCAAAGAGGAUUCCUGUGCACCCAAUACUCCAUUUGGAAGAGACCCACUACCUGUCAACGUGUCCUCGUCACAACCAGCCAAUAUUUCCGGCUCAUCUUUAAGGAGCCAAGGUACAGGUGCGAGAGACUCCAUGAAAAACUCAUAA